GAGUGGCACGACUGCGUGUACUUCUCGGUGAUCACCAUCACCACCGUGGGCCUCGGCGACGUGGCGCCGCGGCGCCCCUCGGCGCGGGCCGCCACCGGGCUGGCGAUGCUGUUCGGCGUGCCCCUCUUCGGGUCCGCCCUGGGCGCGUGCGUGGAGGCGCUGCGCGCAGGGGCGGCACCGCCCACCGGGUCGCGCCCGCCAAGCCCUGCCGGGCUGGGGCUCGGCCUGGGCCCGGACUGGGAGGCCCUCGAGGCCUUCCGCGUCCAGCUGCGCCGCGGCCUCCGGCCCCCGCCUUCGCCCGCUGGCCGGGACGAGCUCCUCGCAUACGCGCUCGUAAGGCGAGGCAUCGUCAGCAUGAGCGGCGCCCAAGCGCUGUGGGACGAGUGCAGCGGCGUCCCGGCAGAGCUGGACCCCAGCCUCCUGCCUGGCAGCGGCACGGGCAAGUUCAGGCUGAGAUCGGUGCGGGAUCGGUCUCUGAAAGUCGUGUAA